UUCUUAUCCCAUUCCUUAUGUUUCAGUUAAAAUUAAGUCUAUAUAAUAAUGGGUGAAUUUGCUGUUCAUCGAUGCCAGUUGUUCGAGUACACUCCAUGCACUAUACAAUGCAUCGCUAGUUAUGAAUCGUCUGAAGGUACUGCUUCACAAAAAUUGUUAGCAGUUGGGAGAGAAAAUGGAGCUAUCGACCUCAUCAGAUGUACGAAGACUGGUUUUUAUAAGUAUAUGGGUAUUCCAGCAUCUUCUACUCGUCAUUUAGAAGAUAUUGCAUGGUAUAAUGGUCGACUAUUUUCUGCAGAACUACAAGGAAUAAUCAGUGAAUAUGAUUUAGUAAAAGGAACUAUCAAGCGAACGGAAGAUAGUUAUGGUGGAGCUGUUUGGUGCCUUGCUGUAGGAAAUAAAAAAGGAGUCAUUGCAGCUGGCUGUGAAGAUGGAAGUUUAAAAAUCUACAAUUGUGAGAAAAACAGUUUGUCAUUUGAAAAAUCAUUUGAUAAGCAAGAGGGGAGGAUUCUCUCCUGUGCUUUUCAUCCAGACAAUGAUGUCUUAGUCUCUGGAUCUGUGGGUGUUAUAAGAAUCUGGAGUUACAAAAGCGGUCAUGCUAUGCAGAGAAUAAACUUGGAAAGUUCUAGAAGUAAAAACACGAUCGUAUGGGCUGUCAAGAUUUUAAGUAACAAUACGAUUGUGAGCGGCGAUUCAACUGGUAAAGUAAAUUUUUGGAAUGGCAAAAAUACUACAUUACUGAAGUCAUUUCAAAAUCAUCGUGCUGAUGUUUUGUCCCUCUGUGUUUCUCAUGAUGAAAAAGUUGUUUAUGCAUCUGGUGUUGAUUCACGAGUUUUAGCUAUUAAUUGUUCAUCUGCGAUGGUGGGCGAAGAUGAUCCGUCUUCAGCAACAACUGUAGACUCUUGGGUUCUAGGUGCAACCUUGCAAAAACAUACUCAUGAUGUCCGUGCACUCGCAAUCGUAGGAAAUUAUUUAGUAUCGGGAGGUGUGGAUACUAAUAUUUUGCUUUGCAAUAUCAAAAAAGGGGACUUUACUAAAAUUAAAAGAAUGGUUGAUUUUCCCCAUAAAAGCGUUGUUCAUAUAGCUGAAAACCCAAGAUUGGUUUUGUUCCAGUAUCCAAAACAUUUGGAUAUAUGGAGAAUUGCAACUCCACGUCGGGUGAAUGGUGAAGCUGGAGAAAAAAUUGAUUUAGAACAGGAUCCAGCCAUUGUUCUCCAAAUAAAAAUGCCUGCAAGUCAAUUUGAUGAUAUCACAUGUUCUGCCAUCUCAAAAUGCGGCCAUUGGGUUGCAUAUUCAUCUCAAUCAUCAUUUAGGCUUUUCAGGCUACAAUGGGAAAAAGAAACACCUUCUGAAAUAUCUCUAAAUAAAAUUCCUAUCAUGUGGAUUAAAUCUGCAUUAGCGAUUGCAUUCACUCCAGCCUCUGAAUAUUUGAUAACCUCAGCAUCGAACGGUAAAAUAUUUGUCAUAAAACUAGAACCUGAUGGCCACGUUCACGUAGCUCACGUAUUCAAAAAUGAAACCGAUAGUAUCCUUAAUGUACCCGCUGUGUUAUUUAGUGCCACCAAUGAACUCUUUGCAGCUGUAGAUUUGAAUGAUAAUAUCAAAAUCUAUGACUUGGAAAAACCAGAGAUUCGAUGCACAUUGCCCAGUCAAGAUAGCUCACCUACUGCCAUUUCUUUUAAACCAUCCUCUACCAAACUUAUAGUUGCAUACCAGAAUCAUGCUGUAAUAGAAUAUGAUGCUGACAUGAAAUCAUACACAAAAUGGUCCAGAGAAGCAAAUUCUGUUUCACUCAAUUUAAUUGAGUUUCCGUGCAAAUAUACCAAAAGGCCGAAAAAGCUUGGAAAAUGGAAUACGUCUCCGAUAAUAAAUAUUUCGUUCAACGCGGAUGAUCCUAAUAUUAUCCUUUUGUCUUCUCAAAAGGCUUUAUACUUCCUGAAUACUUCGUCUGAUAUUUUAAAAAAGAUCAUUUCUCAUGAAAAGCAAAGAUCGGAAAAUGCCGUUGAGCAAAGCAAAGAAUAUGCAGCUGAACUCAGAAAUAGGAGAAAAAUGUUGGAAAAUCCAGUCAAAAGUUGUGACAAGUUUGAACAGUUGUUGCAUGCUUCGUUCAUUGAUGGUGGUUCAUCUAUUUUUGUUCUUGAAAGACCAUGGCAUGAUAUUUUUGAUAAUUUACCACCUACUCUGUAUCAAAAAAAAUUUGGAACAUAAUCGAUGCAAGAAUCAUUGUCAUCAUGCAGUUGACCUGGCCAACUCGAAAUCUUGGAUAAAUCUGUUAAAAUGAAAUAGAUUGAAGACUGGAAACUUUAAUUUGUGUUGUUAGAAAAAUUGUUUUAUAUAGUAGCAUUGACCAUUUGCCAUAUGCUUACAUUUUUAUUAUUCGACUGGUCACAACUUACAAAGUCUUAUCCAUUGUUUUGAGAUAUAAAAUUUUUCGAUAUAUUGUAUUUUGGCCAAAACGCUCUCUAUUUCCGUCAAACUUUCAAUUGGAAGGUAUUAAAAUUUGUGAUAUUUGUUACGAAUUCCAAUCUGCUUUAAGUAUUAAGUGUUAACUUGAAAAACAUCAUAUAGAAUAACGGAAUAGAAUACUAUUUUUGACAUUGCAUAAAUUAAACUGUAUUUGAUUUAUCAAUUGUAACACCUUAACAGUUUGAAUUUUCAUCCGUGGUGCUGUUCAAAAAAUCCUAUUUGUGAUUGAUAAUAUUUGAAAUCAUCAUUUUUCCUUGUGAUGCGGUAUUAUUGGUAUGCUCUAUAUCUAUACUGUUAUCUAUACCAUUAUGCAAUAGAAAUGUCAAUGGAGUUCUUUUACUGAUAAAUAUUUUGAGCUGUGUGGUUGGUCAUAUCAGCACCAUCAACUGCGAAAUUUUUUUUUUAGA